UCGGCUGUGAAGUUUCAAUAAUUUUUAAAUACCUUAGUUACUUACAUACAUAUUUAGCUCAAGUGUCUAAAACUUUAACAAUUCCAUAAGAACCGCAGCAGCAUAUUUGUUAAAAAAAAAGAUUACAACAACCAUACCUGUUAAAGAGUUUUAACUCAAAACCAGUCGGCCUCAUGAAUAACAAGUCCGCUUUACUUGUGUCAUAAGCUAAAUAUAUUUUACUGGGAAUCUAUUGCAAGUACAUAUAUACUACAUAUGUACAUACAUACGUAAAUCUAUUGAGUGAAAAUAAUUCCAAUUUGAAAUUCUAGAGGCUUAUGCUGGAUUAUUAUUACCCACUUUAGUAUGCGUACAUAAGCAUAUGCAAAUUUUAAAUCUAAUCAAAUAGACCAAAAAUCAUACAUAUAAAUACAUAUAUUUUGUAAAGCAUUCCUUGGACGACGCAAAAAGAGAGUUUUAAAAAGAAACAUUGGAAAAUGUUCAGUCCUGAUUAUGAAAAGCGUAUUCUGAAACAUUGUAGUCCAGUCGCUCGAAAUCUCUUCAACGCAUUCGAGGCGGCUUCAACAUCAACAUCUCUUGAUCGAUUUAUACCAUGCAGAGCCAACAACAAUUGGCAAACCAAUUUUGCAUCUAUAAAUAAAUCGAAUGAGAAUUCACCUCAGACAAGUAAAAAGCAACGUGACUGCGGUGAAUCUGCACGUGAUAGCUUAGCAUACUCCUGCCUAUUAAAGAAUGAACUUCUAGGCACCGCCAUUGAGGACGUGAAGGCGGUUAGUGAUGAACGCAACGAGAACACCUACACACCAGCGGCGAAAAGAAGUCUUUUCAAGUACCAAUCGCCCACAAAGCAGGAUUUCAAUGAACAGUGCCCAUAUUCGCUUUCACCAGUCAGUACGAAAAGCCAAAAACUACUGCGAUCGCCGCGGAAAGCAACUAGAAAAAUAUCUCGGAUACCAUUUAAGGUGUUAGACGCUCCCGAACUUCAAGAUGACUUUUACUUGAAUUUGGUCGAUUGGUCAUCGCAAAAUGUGCUUGCUGUCGGUUUAGGCAGUUGCGUUUAUUUGUGGAGCGCAUGUACUAGUCAGGUAACUCGCCUAUGCGACCUUAACACGGAUUCGAAUACCGUAACAUCGGUGUCAUGGAAUGAGCGCGGCAAUUUAGUGGCAGUUGGUACACAUCACGGCUUCGUCACAGUUUGGGAUGUGGCUGCAAGUAAACAAAUUAAUAAAUUGACUGGUCACUCAGCACGUGUAGGUGCAUUAGCGUGGAAUGGUGAAAUUUUGUCGAGUGGUUCACGUGAUCGUUUGAUUAUACAGAGGGAUACCCGCACACCAGCGCAACAAUCAGAACGUCGUUUGGCAGGCCACCGACAAGAGGUUUGCGGCCUUAAAUGGUCACCCGACAAUCAGUACCUAGCGAGUGGCGGUAACGACAAUCGCCUAUAUGUGUGGAAUCAGCAUUCCCUUAAUCCAGUACAAUCGUAUACAGAACAUACUGCAGCGGUAAAAGCCAUUGCCUGGUCCCCACAUCAUCAUGGUUUAUUGGCAAGUGGUGGUGGCACUGCCGAUCGUUGCAUUCGCUUUUGGAAUACCCUAACAGGUCAGCCGAUGCAGUGCGUCGACACCGGUUCACAAGUGUGCAAUUUGGCUUGGUCGAAACACUCGUCUGAGUUGGUAUCCACACACGGUUACUCUCAAAAUCAAAUAUUGGUAUGGAAAUAUCCUUCUCUGACACAAGUGGCAAAGCUAACUGGACACUCGUAUCGCGUGCUUUACUUGGCAUUAAGUCCGGAUGGAGAGGCAAUAGUAACAGGAGCUGGUGAUGAAACUCUACGCUUUUGGAAUGUAUUUAGUAAAGCACGCAGUCAAAAAGAGAACAAAUCCGUACUGAACCUAUUUACCAAUAUUAGAUAAGCACCAUUCGAGUGAACAAUUGCACUGCUUAAAAAACCUUAUAACAUGGACAACUACAACAUAAUGGGCCUAGGCUGCUGCGUCAAAAUAGCACCAUUCAAAAGUGACUGUCGAAAUUCAAAAUAAAUUUUUAAAACAUAGGGCAUCUUCUUCCGAUUUUUAAUUUAAUUUUAAUGACAAAAUUCGGUAUUACGGAGUAUCAAAUUAGAUGGCUUAGUGCAGCUUGUUUAUAAAAUGGAGCAAGUCAUUUUCACAUUCCAUAUCAAAAUGUGCGAAUACUCUAAUGGCGUUUUCUUUUCUUGAAAAAAUGUCACUUUCGUAUAUGGCAACAUUAUCAGAGUGCAACAUUUUAAAGAAAGAGCACACAAUAAACAUGUGAACAUGCUGAGAAAAGAACACGAAAACUUGACAACCCUGGCGCAGGGCAGGAUAAAUGCAAAAUUAUUUCGAGAAAGAAAACGCCAUUAGAUAUGUAAGUACAUAUAGCUAAUUUACUAAUAUACUGCCCCAACUCGUAAAACGGAUUGUUUUAGCAUAUCGAGGACUUAUAUUCAAUACCCUCUAUCUGAACUUUUCACAAAAAUGAGAUUCUGAUAUGAACAUGCACCUAAGACUUAACUGUCAUCGGUGAUGUUAAUGCUGACCUUGUAUAAGGCUUGACAGAAGAAUUUCUAUUAAAUUGUAAAGUCAGAAUUAACUUCAGUGAUAACAGGUAAGUCCCAGAUGGGUUCUAACAUCACAAAGUAGUUUUUGUGAAAAUUGCAGAUAGAGGGUAUUGAAUAUAAGCCCUCGAUAUGUUAGCAAAAAUACUCGCUAUAACAUGCUUGGUACUGUGCGUAAAUUGCAAAAUCUUGUGUACUUUUCGCGUGUGAAGAGAAUACGCAUUUUCAUUUCCCGGCGUGCGUAAGUCGAUAUGACCGUUUUUUGUAAAUGAGCUAUAUGUCUUUAUGUAUGUGUGUGCAUAAAACAAUAUACUCCCUCAAAAUAUGUAGUAAUGAAAGUCCAUUUCAAAAAUAAUACAAGUUUUCAACUUCAUUAUUUUUAAAGUCGAAUUUUCAUAAUACUAUUUAUCAUUACAUAAAUUGUAGAUGUUAGUUAGGAUCUUUAUUACUAUUUCUCGUUCAAACAAUUUGCUAUGAUUAAUCGGAUUAUGUAAUAAAAUAAAUUAGACGAAACUUGUCAAAAUUACCUAAAACUGGAGCCGAAGUGACUUGCUUCAUUUGAAACAAAUGCCACAUUGCCUGUUAUUUUCUCCAAAUAGUUAUAUCUAAAAGUGUUAUUAUUAUGAACAUUGCUUCAUUUGGUAAUAGUAGUGCAGGGCUCCACAAAACUAUGUAACAAAAAUUAGUUGCUUUAAUCAGAUUUAAAAAUCAGUUUACGUACUGCAUAUGGAUAUGCAAAUUGUUUGGUAUGCCCUAAAAAAUACACAUAUUCGACUACAUAUCGACACCUCCAAACCAUACUAUGCUAAGUCUAAGGUGACUUAGUAUGGUAUGGUUUGGAAGUGUCGAUAUGUAAAACGAAAUUGUAAUUUUCAUAAAUUGUCAUUGUUCUAUAAAAUUUUGCGUAAGGAAAGAAGUAAAAGCAUUUAUAGCAACUUAAAAGCGUGCAAUCUUUAAUAUAUAACUUUGUACUAAUUCAGAUUAGCAAAUUGCAUUACAUCACCAAGGAAAUUUUCGUUAAACACGAUGUAGGAGUAUGUUUAUUUGAGGCUUAUGGUAUUUUCAUUGAGGUAGUAAAUUCUCUAAAAGAAGGAAACCGGAAAGAAGCCAUGUACUUGUUUAUCCACACAAAAAUGUACGGCGUUUAGCUGAGAUAGCCUUUGUUUGUCAAGUCGUGAAGAAAUGCAUUCGCCAUUACAGAAGGUUGACAGAAGGUAAAACUCAUUCAUACUGUGAGUGUUGAGAGUUUUUUUGUCAUCUCAUGAUAUAUGUACUACAUACAUAUAUACUAAUGUAUGUAAAUAUGUAACUAAAUAUUUAUAAAAAUCGUAAGUUUAUGGCACACGUUGAGUUGUUCUCUCUUUUGACAAAUGAUACAACUUUGCUUUUUGCAAUACUAUAUAUAGGCAUUUUACGAAACCAUAUUCCUAAAUAUUUUAUUUUGUACUAAAUUAGUCGUCAUAAAGUGAGGAUUUCAUUUGUUAAAAAGCCGCUUUUGAGAUGCUCUGGUGUGGUCUCGCGUGUAAGCAUGCAAACGCACUGAUAACUUAAAAUUGCAAGUAAAAAUGAUUCCUUUAUUUAGAACACUUAUCCAAUAAAAUAAAGUAAAUAAAAACUAAUUUGUUGAUUAAAAAGCCAAUAUUUCAAGAUGCUUGGAAUAUGUGAGCCAAAAAGAUAAUUAAAUACAUUUAUUUGCUAAGAGUGCUUAAACAUCAUUAAAAAUACUUGCUAAUAAAGUAUUUCAAUUAUCUAAUAAAUACAUGAAAUACUUCGUUCCACUAUCUACCUAUAUUCAGAUAUUCAGCAAUGUAAGUAAUAUGAGUUUUUGGAACAAUUGCUUUAUAUUUAAUCGACUACCUACUACAUACAUAAGUAAAUUACUUACAACUUUCAAUUUUCAUUAUUUCAAACUUAAUUGCAUACCAUGCAACUUCAAAAAAAAGAAGAAAAUUUACAUUUGUGACUGCAAAGAAUUGUGACUAAAAGAAAUAUUUGGCAAAUAUAAUUUAUAUUUGUUUUUGUUCUGUUUUUUCUUAACACCUUUUGUUCAUCUUAUUUUAUUUGAACUCUUAAAAAAUGUAUUGACAUUAUUUAAAGGUCACAUUAUAUUUUUUACAAUCUUUCGCUAAUACAUUACUCUAUUUUUGUUUUAAUUUAAUAUUGCUAGUUUAUAUAAAACAACAAGGCGUUUUAAUUAUAUUUAGCAAAUUCUACAAAAAUAUAGUUGAAAUCAUUCACCUUGAAUCCCAUCAUUAACCUUGAAUCCCAUCCAUCCGUAUGUAAUACAAUCCAUUUUCAAAUUAAUUGGGAUAAACUCACCCCCACUUCUUAAUUCAUUAUUUUAGUUAUUAUUUUGAAAACUUACAAAUGUAAUUUUAUAUUUUGUAUAUACACAGGUUUUACCUGGAAUUUAGUCACAUGUGUGUAUGUAAUAAUUUUGUACAUGCUUAAAGAUGUACGAUAUUUUGAAUUAUUGAGCUGGAUUUAUAAUUGUAAUAAUUUUAAUACUUAAUUGGAUAAAAAUAAAUUUUAAAACAAAUGUGUAUCAAUACAUUCCA